CUAGCCUAGCAGUGCAGUGGCUGAGACCGUGCCAGGCAGCCAUUAAUAACUUGAGAAAAGUCCUCUGUUUGCCUCAUCCUCUCGUCUCACUUGACACGGUUGGCCUCAUUUGAACUUUUGACCGGCCUGGUAAUUUGCAAUAUGAGAACUGGCCAGCCUUGUGGACUGAGAGUCAGUAAAAACAGGCAUCCUUGGUUAGAGUGGAGGGACAGAAACUCAGAGCGCGCGGAGUCGUGGCUGGCGGGCUCCGGGGGUGAUCGUCGGGCACCUGUGCCAAUCACAGAGUCAGUAGGAGGAGUUCAGGGGCUCGGAGAUAAGACCCGCAGGCGCUGAGGGGACGAGGCGGAGGACCCGUCGGACAAACUGUAAACUAAAGUCACAAAGAAAAGAAAAAAGCGACCAAAGUCCCCAAAGUCACAGGCUGAGGAGGCUUCAGAUGAUCCAUCCUUUCUGGCUGUUUCAAGGAAGGAUACGCUGCUGGACAUGUGAAUUUUAAAGGAGAUACUCGCCAAGCACAAACAUGAAACCAACGACUGCCCCGUGUUGCUUCGGCUUUCUCCUCGCUUGCCUCUUGUUCGGGUCGAGCUCUUCACAAUCAGUAUGCGCUGGCACAGAGAACAAGCUGAGCACGCUGUCGGACCUGGAGCAGCAGUACCGGACCCUGAGGAAGUACUACGAGAACUGCGAAGUUGUCAUGGGCAACCUCGAGAUCACAAGCAUUGACCGCAGCCGGGACCUCACCUUCCUCAGAUCCAUCCGAGAGGUGACAGGCUACGUGUUGGUGGCCCUGAACCAGUUCGACUACCUGCCUUUGGAAAACUUGAGGAUCAUCCGAGGGACCAAGCUGUACGAGGACCGCUACUCCCUCGCAAUCUUCCUCAACUACAGACGGGAUGGGAACUUCGGCCUGCGUCAGCUGGGACUGAAAAACCUCACAGAGAUCCUGAGUGGAGGCGUGUACGUCGACCAGAACAAGUUCCUGUGUCAUGCAGACACAAUCCACUGGCAGGACAUCGUCAAAAACCCGCGGGUCCACCCCGUGGUGGUGCCCACCAACAGCAGCGUCACAUGUCAAAAGUGCCAUCGUUCCUGUAAUGGUCGUUGCUGGGGACCCAAAGAGGACCAGUGUCAAAGCUUAACCAAGACGGUGUGUGCCGAGCAAUGUGACGGCCGUUGCUUUGGACCCUAUGUGAGUGACUGCUGCCAUCGUGAGUGCGCAGGUGGCUGCUAUGGACCAAAGGACACAGACUGCUUUGCCUGCACCAACUUCAAUGACAGUGGGGCAUGCGUGACCCAGUGCCCCCAGCCUUUUGUCUACAACCCCACCACCUUCCAACUGGAACACAACCCCAGGGCUAAGUACACCUACGGAGCCUUCUGCGUCAAGAAGUGUCCACAUAACUUUGUGGUGGACCACAGCUCCUGUGUGAGAGCGUGCCCCAGUAACAAGAUGGAGGUGGAGGACAACCGCAUUAAGAUGUGCAUUCCUUGUACGGACAUCUGCCCGAAAGCGUGUGAUGGCAUUGGCACGGCCAGCCUACAGUCAGCUCAGACGGUGGACUCCAGCAACAUCGACAAGUUUGUCAACUGCACCAAAAUCAACGGCAACCUGGUGUUCCUCAUUACUGGGAUCAAAGGGGAUGUCUACCACAACAUUGAAGCGCUGGACCCAGAAAAACUCAAUGUAUUCCGCACCGUUCGGGAGAUCACAGGCUUUCUGAACAUCCAGUCGUGGCCUGACAACAUGACUGACCUGAGUGUUUUCUCCAACUUGGCAACUAUUGGAGGAAGAGCGCUGUACAGUGGGAUCUCCCUGCUGGUGUUAAAGCAGCAGGGCAUCUCAUCAUUGCAGCUCCAGUCCCUCAGAGAGAUCAGCGCCGGGAACGUCCACAUCGCAGAGAACAGCCAGCUCUGCUACUACAGCACCGUCAACUGGACGAGGCUGUUCCGCACUGCCAACCAGAAGGUUCUGAUUCGCAACAACCAAAGCCCACAACAGUGCUUGAAGGACCACAUGGUGUGUGACCCGCUGUGUUCGGACGCGGGGUGUUGGGGUCCCGGCCCGGACCAGUGCCUCUCCUGCAGAUUCUUCAGCCGCGGGCGAACCUGCGUGGAUACCUGCAAUCUCUAUGAAGGGGAUAUUCGAGAGUAUGCCAACGGGUCGGUGUGUGUGGAGUGUGACGGCCAGUGCGAGCGAGCCGACGACGACUCUUUGACCUGCCACGGUCCGGGCCCGGAGCAUUGCGUGAAAUGCCUCCACUUCAAGGACGGGCCUAACUGUGUGGAAAAGUGUCCCGAUGGCCUGCAAGGCGCCAACAGCUUCAUCUUCAAGUACGCAGAGGCCAACAACGAGUGCCAUCCCUGCCAUUCCAACUGCACCCAGGGGUGCAUUGGACCAAGACUGCAGGACUGCAUUGGCUGGAUGGACAGGACCCCUUUGAUCGCAGCAGGGGUGAUCGGCGGCCUCUUCAUGGUGGUGAUCUUGGUGCUGAGCGUGGCGGUGUCUGUGCGGCGAAAGAACAUUAAGAAGAAGAGAGCCCUCCGUCGCUUCCUGGAGACAGAGCUUGUGGAACCUCUAACACCAAGUGGAACAGCACCAAAUCAGGCCCAGCUUCGCAUCCUGAAAGAGACGGAACUCAAAAGGGUCAAGAUCCUCGGCUCUGGGGCCUUCGGGACUGUUUACAAGGGUAUUUGGGUCCCAGAGGGUGAAACGGUGAAGAUUCCUGUCGCCAUUAAAAUCCUAAAUGAGGCCACAGGACCCAAGGCUAAUGUGGAGUUCAUGGACGAGGCCCUGAUCAUGGCAAGCAUGGAGCACCCCCACUUGGUUCGCCUGCUGGGCGUCUGCCUGAGCCCCACCAUCCAGCUGGUCACGCAGCUGAUGCCGCACGGGUGCCUGCUCGACUACGUCCAUGAGCACAAGGACAACAUCGGAUCCCAACUGUUGCUCAACUGGUGUGUCCAGAUCGCCAAGGGGAUGAUGUAUCUGGAGGAGCGCAGGCUGGUUCACAGGGAUCUGGCGGCCCGAAAUGUACUGGUCAAGUCCCCCAACCACAUCAAGAUCACUGACUUCGGUCUGGCUCGCCUGCUGGAUGUUAAUGAGAAGGAAUAUAAUGCAGAUGGAGGAAAGAUGCCCAUCAAAUGGAUGGCCCUGGAGUGUAUCCAUUACAGGAAGUUCACUCAUCAGAGUGACGUUUGGAGUUACGGCGUAACCAUUUGGGAAGUAAUGACCUUCGGAGGGAAGCCCUAUGAUGGGAUUUCCACCAGAGACAUUCCAGACCUGCUGGAGAAAGGCGAGCGUCUUCCCCAGCCGCCUAUCUGCACCAUCGACGUCUACAUGGUCAUGGUGAAAUGCUGGAUGAUCGACGCAGACAGUCGGCCCAAGUUCAAGGAGCUGGCUGCAGAGUUCACUCGGAUGGCUCGUGAUCCCCAAAGAUACCUGGUCAUCCAGGGUGAUGACCGCAUGAAGCUGCCCAGCCCCAACGACAGCAAGUUCUUCCAGAGCCUCCUGGACGAGGAGGAGCUGGAGGACCUGAUGGAUGCUGAAGAGUACCUAGUGCCCCACUCCUUCAACAUCCCACCACUGGCAUACACCCCUCGCACACGCAUGGACUCAAACAAGAACCAGUUUGGCUACCAGGACCCCAGUUUCAGCAUGGAGGACAUGCUGGCCACCCUACCCCGAGUGGUCUCUGUUCCACCGGCACAGGACCUGGCCUCAGGUGGGCAGAUUGGGGGUGGAUUUGGCCGUGGCAACCAGGAUGACCCUCGGUGCAACGGCACUCUGAGGAAGCAGGCGUCCCCAAGGUCAAAUACCAUUGGGGCCGGCUCAGCUCUCACUGCAGGACAAGGUGGUGGGGAGGAUAGUGCCGGACAGCGCUACAGUGCCGAUCCAACCGGACUUUUAGCAGAACGAGGAGCAAAAGCAGACAAGGACAAGGAUGGCUACAUGACUGCCAUGAGAGACAAGAACAACUCAGACUAUCUCAAAGCAGUCGAGGAAAAUCCCUUUGUUACACGCCGCAGGAAUGGUGACGCCCACGCAGUGAUCGAUGCGACAGGAUGCCACACCCUCCACAUGGCUGGAGCUGCUGCUGCCCCUAAGAGCCAGUCCAUUCAUGGGGACGACGAGUAUAUCAAUGAGCCACUGUACCUGAAUACCUUCCUUAACCCCGGGGACAAGAACGGAUUGGCUGGUGCAAUCUCCAUCUCCGGCCCUGGGUCCUCUGCUGCCCAGUCAGUUUCGCAAACAGUCAACCCGUCGACAUCGAGCCACACAGCCUCCUCCUCUGGAUACGUGGUACCCCCUGGCCACCUCCCCCACCCAUCUUAUCCAUCACAUACCCUGCAUCCAGGGCAUUCAGGACACACUCUGCACUCAGGCAUCACCAGCAGCACCAUCAUGUUUGACAAGAAAGGCAAGAAGGCCACUUUUGACAAUCCGGAAUACUGGCAGCACAGUCUACCCCCGAAGUCCUCACUGCAUAACCCUGAGUACCUGCAGGACUGCAGCACGCGCUUCUUCUACCGGCAGAAUGGACGCAUUCGCCCUGCUGUGGCUGAAAACCAGGAGUACUUGUCCGAGGCUGCUAUGAAAGCUGGCAAUGUGUUGCCACCCCCUCCAUACAGACAGAGGAACACUGUGGUGUAGUGACCCACCUGUAGCACAAUGGAGGGAUGACUAGAGGGAUAUGGGUGGAGAUGAAUGGACGUUGAAGAGUCCUCUCGUACUUCUCAACCUGGGUUUUCCUUGCACCCUCCCUGAACACGUCCCUCUGUUUUGUCUGAUCGCAAGUCUUAAACUCUCACCCCAAGGUUCUGCCUUUCCUUGACAGGACUACAGUUAGUCACUGGCAGCCUCACUUGACACCUACACCAUGUUUUUUAACCCCAUCCUCGGCCCUGAGCACACUGUCCUGCCAUCUUUAGUAUCAGAAAGGCACAAAAAACAACACGAUGAAAGAUUGAAAUGAGAUGUUCGGGGAGAGAAAAAGGAGAAAUGAACUGAGGUUAGCCCAAAGAGAGGAUUAUCGCCAUGCCCUUCACAUGCUUUCUCUAUCCAACCAUGGAUUGUAAUUCACCAUGUUGUUUUCACACUUUGUCCACCCAUUUAGAUGUACGCAUUGCAAUAAGCACACAUUGCUAUUACUCGAGAGUAGUCUGUCAAAUUACUCAUGCACACAAAGUUGUUGUGUCGUGACUUACCAGCAAACCUACAGUCAUGCCGAAGAGCCCAGAUGUGGCUCGCAUGCCUGCCCACACGCUUGUUUGACAUUAACAUGUUGCUGCACCGGUAAUGGAGUUCAAACAUUUAUCACACUCAGCUCGUAUCAUACCUAAAACAUGCUAACAUGCCUGCAGCCUUGACACAUCAAUAAUAACCAGACAUGAAUUCAUACGCACACACAUGCACUGACAGAUAAGGCUGCAGCCAUUGGAAGAGAAGUGCAAUUGACCUUGUGCUGGAAGACAGAGUAUGCCGAUAAUGGCAGUCAGUGGUGCAGCGCAGACAAGGGGGUCAACAGCAAAGCAAAUGUCACCACAGUUUUAUGGAAAGCUGUGAUAUCACCGAAUACCUGGUGGAAAGCAUCCAGCAGAUUAUUGGCAUGGCUAGGGUGGGAUCUAAAAGGUUGAUUGCUCAGAAGACCACCCUUAACAUCCUUUUCUUUCAUCCGUACCAAUCCAGUCUGAAGAGCCAGAAAACAUUCCACUUCAAUAUUACCUUCAUAAGAUCACUGUAAGCAGCAUCGUGACUGACAUGACAAAUGGUAACUGCAGUGCAAAGGAAUAAUGUUUCAGUGGAACUGAUGCUUGUGAAUGGACAAAUCUUAUAAGACAGAAAGGAGCUCGAUGACGGUGGAAAACAUAUGAACAUAUGAACGUGGGGGGAACAUAUACAAUUAUCAGCUUCAGUUAUUUUGUUCUUUUUAGGCAUCAGGGAUCUUUUUACUUUGUCACCUUGUCUUACACAAACAGCACAGACAUCCAGCCACGGAAGAGCACUGUGGAGAUGGCAAACAGGCUAACCCUGCAGAGCUGUAAAUAAGCCAAUUAUACAUCAUUACCAGACAGACACAAUCCUUGAAAAGGCUGCGUGGACCAAGCUGUGUCUGGAAAGAUGUAAGGUACAUCAAAAGAUGAGGAUGAAAGAUUUUCUUUGCACCUCUCAUUAUGUCAAAAAAACAGGAAAAUGUGCUCUGACCACAUAGUCAGGACUGCAGGACCAUGGUUUGUCUCAUAGGGUUAAGGUGGUUCAGGAGGAGAGACUGUCUACACUGUCUAAGAAGGCUUCCUCCCUAUUUGUACCAUGGGAAAACGAGACACUUUCUUUUGUAUUGGUGUCAGACAUCACAAGACAUCAUUGCAUCCGCUGAUGGCUCGCUUUCUGUACUCAUACAAUACUGCCAGAUGCCACAGUAAACUCUGAUGGAGACCGCUAGCAUCUGUCGUCAAAUGAUAUUGAAGCCUAAUUUGGGCUGGGGUUGAUAAUUUAAUAGCACUUAAUGCUCUGACACAGCCAAAUGACUUUGCUGUUAUUCUCGCUCCAAGCGGCAAUUCAUUUUUUUUCUCAUCAUGUUGCAACUAUAAUUUACAGCGAGACAACAGAAGGUUUCCACUGCACUGAGGCCUCAUGUUAAGAGUUUCAUUAGGCAUUCUACUAACAAAGCAGUAUCCCCACUGUCUAAAGAAUAUCAUUAAAGUAAUAUGUGGGGUUGGGCGAUUUUCCAACAAUAAAAAAUGCCAAGGGAUAGAAAUUUAGACAAUUUUUGAAUCAUCUUUGAUAGAGUUUUUUUUUUCCAGGAUCUUGCAGGCGAUGCUGACAAUAUUUGAUAUUUGAUUUGAAUAUGUGAUGAAAUACACUGUUUAGGUUUUUGUCACUGGGUUAAAGGGGUACCCCAGCAAUUAAGCAUUGCACUGCAUUGUAAAAUAAGACAUCCUGACCUUUGUUUGGGUUGUUGCUCCAAAAACACAAACCCUUAAUUCAGCUCAAUAGAAGUCAAAGCAACUAAACUAAUGUAAACUCAUAACUGCCAGUCCUGUAUGGUGCACAAGCUUCAGCCGGUUUGAUUAUGUGGCAGCCAGCUGAACCAGAACUUGUCAGGUGUAACAUCAGGUGGACAGAACUAGCAGUGUGUGGCUAGUUAGCAGGGGCCUGGGGAUAGCCAGUUAGCUCAGCUCCACAGGUGGUGUAGUGCUUUUGUCUUGUACUGAAGAGGAAACUCUCACCAGUAACCUGUCGUGCAGAUUAUUAGCAUUAAAUGCAUGCGGCACAAAGCCUUGGUUAGAUCCCCCGCUUCUGUUUGCCUUGUCAAAGUAACUGUAUUAUGUCACUAAUACAAACUCAACACUUUCUGCAUACUUUCAAAUUAAAAGUCUGGGUGCUUCUCAGUAGACAGAAACCCUAAAUUUCUUAACAGGGCUUUUUCUGUGAAAUAUUUUCUGGAAAAUGUUGUAGAAAACUCAUUGACUAGCAAGGUUCACACACGUUUUUACUUUAUAUGUUGCUGCCGUCAUCUUUUCUCCAGUUUCACUCAGUGGUAGUCUAAUUUAAUUUAUCAUUUUGUUGUUAACUUUUCAACUAAAUUUGAAUUGUUGUUGUGAGAAAUGAAAACACAACAUGUUGCAGUUGCCCUGAUGAAUUGUAGUGUUUCAACACUCUCACUCAUGGGCUCUCAUUAUGUUCCUCUUGGGAGCAGCUGAGACUUGUGCAACAUCCAGUGGUAAAAUUUGGUAUUACCAUUCUUGACUGGUCUCGGGCCUUUUACCAAACCGACAAAAAUGUUUAAAUUGGCACAACCCUUACCCUUCAGGUAACAUCUUUAUAGCAGGAAGGCUUUUUUGUGUGUGUGCACUACUGAGCAAUUUUGACAAGCAUUAAGGAAACUUAUCUCCGGAGCUCCAGUUCUUUUUAAUACAACAAAACUGUUUCUACCUCCAAAACCACAAUUCUCCAAUUGUUAAACACAACCUUUCUGUUAAAGAAGAUUAGGUCUCAAGCCCAAGUAACAAUAAUCCUGAUGACAUCACCAGGGUAGUGCAGCCUGUGAUGAGUAAACGGUGUGCCCCUUUAACCAGAUAUUACGAUCUGCAAACACUGUCUUGAAUACAUUUGCAGAAAAUUUACUACAACAUGUAAAGUCAUGUUGCAAUAUUAAUCUAUACCUUGAGUUUAAUUUUAAAUCGUCCACCCUGAUUAUUAGGUGAUAAUAUUCUGAAAUGUGGAGACCGACUAGAGCCUGUGCAUGUCUCACUGCUGACAUACCAAUACACAGCCACUGUUACACAACUUUGUGCCUCUACACUAAAAACACCAGUCAGAAGGAAGAGUCAGACAAGCAGUGCUGAUGAUUUAAUUCCCAAAACACAGAUGUUGCCCUGGCGCAGUGUUUUCUCCCACUCUCAGGUUUUAUGGGGAAUAAUAAUCAUCCAGUUAAGCUCCAGCUGAGGCACAAGUUACCACGUCAUAAAAAGGACAUCAAACGUACCAAAAUAAAAGUAUAAUGGAAGACAGAUCAGUGCCAUGAUACCACAGGAGAUGUCCUACAGAAAUGUGAAUUUUAUAAGUGUGUGUGGGGGGGGGGCGGGUUUGAAUGGUCAUUGGUCAAGUGUCAUUGACUUUUCUUUGUUGCUAAUCUGAUUUGAGCUGUGCUAGAUCCAUUCUCUCACAAUUUCUUGAUUGUUCUGAUGAUUUCAGAUUUGCUAGUAUGAACUUACACUUAUGUAUACUUUCUUUGUGUAAAUGUGUGCUACAAAGGUGUCCUCUCCAUGUUUUAAAAGUUAAAAGUCGGUUAUGUAAGUCUAUUUCUACCAUCACCCAUAAGGUAUUAGUUGUAGUGCUUGUAGACUACUGUAUGGCCGUGUUUAAGUGCAAUGACAGCAGUGGAGAGUCACCCAAAGGCUUGGUAAUGGAUCUCUAUGGAAAAAUAAAGCCAAUCUUCUGGAGGAGAAAACCUACUGGUGCUCUCAGCCAGCGAGCAUCGCAAGGGGCUUUUAGCUUUUUGAAUGCUAAUUCAUCCACUUUCCCUUGUUGCUCUGUGGGGAAAUCAUGUUACCCAACAUCUCACCCAGUGCUCCAGCUGAGAAACCCUGCACGACAGGCAAUAGGUUGUAAUCCUGCAGCGGGGUUAAGACUAAGGUAUUAGCAUUCUAGAAAUGUUACCCGACCAAUGCAUCAAUGUUACAAAAGCUAGCAGGGGAAAAGGUGCAAGUGCACUGUAACUGGCAGAGGAGACCAAAGUUGAUUGCCAUUUUUUCUCUCUCCUCUGAGGUGACUAUAGAAUUGUAUGUAGCAAACACUGUUGUGCAGCUGAAGCUGUGAAAAACGAAAAGAAGCAGCUAUUUGUGGUGGUAAUACGAACAAAUACUUAAACAGUCUGGAGAGGAAAAGUGAUUGUGGUCAAAUGUUAACAUGCGUCAUAGUUUCAUGUGAGAAGAUAUAAUAUUCUGUUUGAGGUUUAGGUGUAGACUCGUAGGUACAGAACUUAUUUAAAGGAGCACAGCAACUCCCUCUCCAUUCUGACUCUCAUCCAGUGAAUCGGCCUUAUAGUAACAGUUCUAUUUAUUUUGUGCAUCUACUUUUUAUUUUGGGGUUAAAUGUAUUUUAAACAAAUGGUAUCAUGAAUAUUGUAAAUGGUGUGUAAAGUUUUGUUUUUAUUCUCAUACAUGCUUUUCAGGGUGUCAUUGUGGCAACAGAGUUUUUUGAUACACAGUUUGAAGGCUUCAUCAUCUUCAUCAUGUCUGUCAUUUUCUCUAAUCAACUUAAAAGCAAUUAUUAGCUGCGUCCCAACUCAGAGGCGGGAUGCUGCACAAUCUGACACCUCCAAGUUGAUGUUGUUCAUACAUAAUAAUUAAUGUUGUUCCAGGACCAUCAUUGCAACUGACCAAUCACGCCUUUGGGAGUACUACUGCAUGUGUGAAAAAAGUAGUAUAAAGUCUUUUGUGGCUCCAGCAGAAGUUGCAUUGUGGGUA